AUAUGAACACUGGCUGCAUAAUGUGAUUAAUUAUUGAGCAAUCACACGUGACAAUACUGAAUCACAGAGAAACAUAAGUGUGAAAUAAUUAAACUACUCUGGACUGACACUUAUUUCAAGAUUUCAACAAGUUGUGAAAGAAUGGAGGAAAUAAAGAAACUGUUUACUGGAACCUGGCUUCACAAACAAGAUGACCUUUUACCUAACUUCUUCAACGCAGUUGGGGCGUCUGAUGUAGAGAAAGAAUACAUGCUGACCAGUACACCGAAGCUCGUAUUUUCUGUGGAAGGGGACUUUAUCAAGAUGGAGAACCUGCCACAUCCUGGUACCCGGCCAGAGGAGAAUGCAAAAUGUGAAUUCAAAUUAAAUGAGGAGUUUAUGUUUGAACCCAAAGGAGUUGUAUUUAAAAUUACAGUGGAAUGGAAAGAUGGUAAAAUGAUUCAUCAUAUGAAACCUGUAGACAGCCAUAUUUGUCCUCAUACAAUAGAGCAUUAUAUCAAUGACCGAGGACAACUUAUACAGGAAUAUAAGUUAAUAGAUGACUACUGUAAGGAGGUGACAGGAAUGAGGACAUUCUGUAAGGAAGAAUUGUGAAUCAACCACCUCAUCACUAUGGAUACAACAAUAAUGUGUUUUGAAAUAAUUAAUAAAUA